AUGUCUUCUCAAGACCCCGUCAAUCUCUUGAAUAGUAUCCUACUCCAACGUAAUUCCUCACAUCUUUUAUCAUGGGACUAUCGAACUGAAGGACCCCCGGGGCCUCAUUCUGUUCACAUUGCCAUCGCGAAAGUCGGCGGCGUGGCUGUUGGAUACGGCUCUGGGGCGACACGCUUAGAAGCGAAGCGGAUCGCUGCGACAGAGGCGAUCAGGAGCCUCCAGGCCUCAGGAUGA